AUGGAAAACGGCACCGUGUUUCACUUCAACCUCACCAUGUACGUGCCCAUUGGGCCUUACAGGUAUCCAGCCUUUGCGGUGUGCUUCCUGCUGUUCACCACCAUUGUUUCUGCUAACCUGGUGAUCAUCCUGGUCAUAUCACGGAGGACAGCGCUCCACAAGCCCAUGUACUGUUUCAUUGCAUUCUUAUGCGUUAACUCCGUGUACGGUUCUGUCGGUUUCUUCCCCAGAUUCCUCAUGGACCUCCUGUCUGACACUCACUUGAUCUCACGUCCUGCUUGUUUCACUCAGAUCUAUAUCAUCUACACAUAUGCUUCCUAUGAGCUGACCAUCCUGAGUGUGAUGGCGUACGACAGAUACGUCGCUGUCUGCGAUCCCUUACAUUAUCACAGCAGGGUGACCUCUGCUACCGUCUGUAGGCUGGCAGCCUUCGCUUGGAUCUGUCCGGUGUUUUCUGUAGGAGCAGCUCUUUACUUGAGCAUAAGGCUUCCUUUGUGCGGCAACAAGAUCCUGAAGGUGUACUGUGCCAUCUGGAACAUCGCUAAGCUGUCGUGUGUUAGCACGCUGGUCAAUAACGCUGUCGGGUUGUUUCUAACUGCGGUUACAGUGAUGCUGCCUCUGAUCUACGUCUUGUACACCUACCUUCGGAUUGUGCUCGUGUGCAUGAAAGGUUCCUCUGAAUUUAAGAGCAAAGUCUUCCAGACCUGCUUGCCGCACAUCAUUUUGUUCGUCAGCUACUCCGUCGCUGUGUUUUGUGACAUUUUCCUGAGUCGUAUCGACGUUGAAAAGAUCAACCCAUUUCUCGCUGUUCUUUUGUCGCUGAAGUUUGUGAUGAUUCCUCCACUUCUGAACCCUCUCGUGUACGGCCUGAACUUACCAGAGAUCAGAAAGCACGUCUUCAGGAUGUUGGCUUGUUUAAAACCCUGUUCUCUAGCUAUUUCUUAA